AUGAAAAAAAUUCUAAUUGUGUUUAUUCCUUUACUUUUCGCACUAAUAUGCGCUCAUGAGGAAAGGAAAUUUUCCUUAAAAAGAUCAGUAACCAAUGCUCAUAAUAACAAUAAUAAUAAUAGCGUAAGAAAUUAUUCAGCUGUUGAUAUAUUUUCACCAAAAACAACGCAAAAAGAAUGUAUCAAAUGUUUACCUGAGAAUUUUUGUGAAUGUGAGUGCAGUUGUAAAAACAAAACGGGGUUUUCAAUGAAAUAUAGACAUGCAAGUAUUGGAUCUAAACUUACAAAGUCUGAUAUGAAUACACAGAAAAAAUCUUCCCCUUCAAGACAACAAAAUUCCGACUCAUCUAAUGUAAAUGCUCAACAAGGUACUGGUUCACAAGCAAAACACCAAACAGACAUCAAGCCUCAAAAUAGAACAACAGACUCAAAUAACGUAAUAACAGAAUGUUUCUCCUCUUGUAAAAGUGUUACAGGUGUUCAAACAGAAGAAUGUAGUUGUUCCUGUUACUGUUAA